CCUGUUUGACUAUAGUUACGGCAAGUGAGCAGUUCAGUGGUUAACCAACUCCGACUUUCGAAUUAAACUUCUGUCUGAGCUGUUUAACACCAGUUAUUCUCUAAGCUCCGCAGCUGCAAAACAGCCACACGGUCGACAUUUUGUUUUCCCCUAAGUAAAAUUUUCAUGCGUCAUACCAAACUAGGCAGACGCGUUUUGCUGUCAAAAAGCUUGUCGGCUUCCGUAGGGUUCUGACUGCUGAUACUUUGCUUCAGACAGUCCGUGAGACGCAGCUUUAGACCCUAAAAUCCAGCCUUCUGGCAUCAGAACAAUGAGUCGAAGUUACAACGAUGAGCUGCAGUAUCUGGAUAAGAUCAGCAGCAACUGCUGGAGGAUUAAAAAGGGUUUCGUUCCCAACAUGCAGGUUGAAGGAAACUUCUAUGUGAACGAGCCCCUGGAGAAGCUGAUGUUCGAGGAGCUCCGUAACGCCUGUCGAGGAGGAGGUGUGGGUGGUUUCCUCCCAGCCAUGAAGCAAAUCGGGAACGUGGCGGCGCUGCCAGGAAUCGUACACAGGUCCAUCGGGCUCCCAGACGUGCACUCCGGGUAUGGAUUUGCGAUCGGAAACAUGGCGGCCUUCGACAUGAACGACCCUGAUGCUGUGGUGUCUCCAGGCGGCGUUGGUUUUGAUAUAAAUUGCGGCGUCCGUCUGUUGAGGACGAACCUGGACGAGGGAGACGUUCAGCCGGUGAAGGAGCAGCUGGCCCAGUCGCUGUUCGACCACAUCCCAGUGGGGGUCGGAUCCAAGGGAGUCAUCCCCAUGGGAGCCAAGGACCUGGAGGAGGCUCUGGAGAUGGGGGUGGACUGGUCUCUGAGGGAGGGUUACGCCUGGGCCGAGGACAAAGAGCACUGCGAGGAGUACGGCAGGAUGCUGCAGGCAGACCCCAACAAAGUCUCGUCCAAGGCUAAGAAGAGAGGUCUGCCGCAGCUGGGGACUCUGGGAGCAGGAAACCACUACGCUGAGAUCCAGGUGGUGGAUGAGAUCUACAACGAUUACGCCGCCAAGAAGAUGGGCAUUGACCACAAAGGUCAGGUGUGUGUGAUGAUCCACAGCGGCAGCAGAGGCCUCGGACACCAGGUGGCCACAGAUGCUCUGGUUGCCAUGGAGAAGGCAAUGAAAAGAGAUAAAAUCACUGUGAACGACCGCCAGCUGGCGUGCGCUCGCAUCACGUCGCAGGAAGGACAGGACUACCUGAAGGGGAUGGCAGCCGCAGGAAACUACGCCUGGGUCAACCGCUCGUCCAUGACCUUCCUCACCCGACAGGCCUUUUCUAAAGUGUUUGGCACCACGCCAGACGACCUGGACAUGCACGUCAUCUACGACGUUUCUCACAACAUCGCCAAAGUGGAGGAGCACGUGGUGGACGGGAAGCAGAGGACCCUGCUGGUCCACCGUAAAGGAUCCACCCGGGCUUUCCCCCCACACCACCCCCUGAUUCCUGUGGACUACCAGCUCACAGGUCAGCCCGUGUUGAUCGGCGGGACGAUGGGAACCUGCAGUUACGUCCUCACAGGGACAGAACAAGGCAUGACGGAGACAUUCGGCACCACCUGUCACGGAGCGGGUCGCGCUCUGUCUCGGGCAAAGUCCCGCAGGAACCUGGACUUCCAGGACGUCCUGGACAAACUGGCUGACAUGGGCAUCGCCAUCCGAGUGGCUUCGCCCAAACUGGUCAUGGAGGAGGCUCCUGAAUCGUACAAAAACGUGACGGACGUCGUCAACACGUGUCACGACGCUGGAAUCAGCAAGAAGGCGAUCAAGCUGAGGCCGAUCGCUGUGAUUAAAGGCUGAAGCUGCACGACUGAAUUUAAAGACAGUUUACACCAAACGAAGGAUGUCAGACGCCAGAAAUCACAAGAGACUUUUCAAAAGCUGAAGACGUUCACUCUUUUCUUUUUGUUUUGGUGAGGAGCGAAUUUAUGUUGAAGAAAAGAGGAAAAAAAAACAGCAUUUAGUUUCUAACCUGAAAAAAUGAAUCCGUUUGUGUUCCUGCCAAAUAAAGAUGAUAACUGAAAUCUGGACUCAGUGAAGUACAAGUACUUAAGUACUUUGCACUGCUGUUGCUCAGGAGUCCAAAUGUUGCUGCUGUGAAAUUUUGGAAACAUCUUUCUGAAAACUGGUUACCAUCAGUUAAACUUAAGAGGACAAGAUCAUCUGUUUGUGACUUGAUGUAAUAAAAAUCAUAAUUAAGUUCCAGAUGUGAAACAUCCAUGUAGUAACUGUCAGUAACUAAUACUCAAUAGUCCAAAUCUCUGAUUUAUUAAAAAAUAAAAGUUAAAGCAGUAA